AUGCCCAACACGAAAUUCAACCUCGAGACCCUCGCACGACCCAAUAUCAGAGCCCUGGUGCCCUACAGAUGCGCCCGAGACGACUACGACUCCGGAGUGCUUCUCGACGCCAAUGAGAACCCCCACGGUCCUGCCAUCAAAACUAACCAGGAGGAGUCCGAGUACUCGCUGAACCGGUACCCCGAUCCUCGACAGAAUUUCGUCAAGCAGCUUCUGUGCGAUCUCAGAAACGCCGAGCGACAAGUACCCAAGCCCAUCACUCCUGACAACAUCUUUAUGGGAGUAGGAUCUGACGAAGCCAUUGACGCUCUUAUCAGAUGCUUCUGUGUCCCCGGCAAGGACAAGCUGCUGACAUGUCCCCCUACCUACGGUAUGUACUCUGUUUCUGCACAGAUCAAUGACGUUGGGGUCACUAAGGUCCCUCUGGCUGCCGACUUCAGCCUGCGUCCUGAUGCCAUCAUCGAGGCUCUCAACGCUGAUCCCACCAUCAAGCUGCUCUACAUUUGCUCUCCCGGCAACCCCACCGCCAAGCUUGUGGACGAGGAUGAUGUCCGAAAGGUGCUCAAUGCUGACUGGAACGGUGUUGUAGUUGUUGACGAGGCCUACAUUGAUUUCACCCGGGAGGGAGCCUCUGUCUCUACCCUGGUGAAUGAAUUCCCCAACCUUGUGGUCAUGCAGACUCUGUCCAAGUCCUUCGGUCUUGCUGGUGUCCGAGCAGGCUUCACCUUUUCUUCUGUCGAGAUUGCUGCUCUGCUCAAUAACAUGAAGGCUCCCUACAACAUCUCCACACCUGCUGCCGAGUUUGCCGCUCGUGCUCUGUCUCAGGAGGGAGUCAAGCUCAUGAGGACCUACACCAAGGACAUUCUAGAGCAGCGAGCACGUAUCCUUGACGCUCUUCCCACCAUUGAGGGAGUCGGCCGAGUCAUUGGCGGUAUGGACGCCAACUUCCUGCUAUUUGAGAUCCUCAACAAGGCUGGUGAGCCCGACACCGAGCUGGCCUUCAAGGUGUACGAGCAGCUUGCCGAGUCUCGAGAUGUGGUGGUGCGAUUCCGGGGCAAGGAGCCUGGCUGUGCUGGCGCUCUCAGAGUUUCCAUCGGUACUAAAACUGAGACUGACGUUCUUCUCGACCAGCUCAAGCAGGCAAUUGCUGCCCUGAGACAGUAG